UGGGGCGGGACAGAAGACGGCGGUGGUGAGGGUGGGCCUUUCCGGGGACGAUGCCGUCUGCCUUCUCGGUCAGCUCUUUCCCCACCAGCAUUCCUGCCGUGAUCACGCAGACGGACUGGACGGAGCCGUGGCUCAUGGGGCUGGCUGUCUUCCACGUGCUGUGCCUGCUGCUCACGUGUCUCUCGGCCCAGAGGUAUAAACUCCAGGUCGGGCACUUCCUGUGCUUAGUGAUUUUGGUUUAUUGUGCCGAGUACAUCAACGAAGUGGCAGCAAUGAACUGGAGGUCGUUUUCAAAAUACCAGUAUUUCGAUUCGCGGGGGAUGUUCAUUUCUCUAGUGUUCUCAGCACCACUGCUGCUCAAUGCCAUGGUCAUCGUGAUUAUGUGGGUCCGAAAGACUUUGAAUGUGAUGACUGACCUGAAAACGCUACAGGAGAAGAGAAGAGAAAGGAAGAGAAAAGAAGAGUAACAUUGGAACACUGUGUUCGUUUUCUUACAGACAUUGUUUUCCUCUGUGUGGCUAUUUCAAGGUUAAAGUGUGCAUCAUAGGCGCCCUCCUUACUCACCCGCUCGAGUUUGUGCAGAGGGUUCAUUUACUGUGACAUCCAUGUUGUCGAAUACCCUAAAAACUGGUUUCUAAAAUAAACACUAGUCUCCUGUCCCA